AUGGAGACGGGGCCGCAGGUUGUCCCGCGCAGCUUGCCUCGACACCAGGCUUUGUUUCCCGGAAACCCGCCGAAAAUCCGUUCUUCCCGCUUGACCGUCCAAAUCGCGUCUUGCGCCUCUCCUGGCGAAAGAACAGCGACAACAAGCGAGCCGCUUCUCGCAAACGCGCCAGAGACACAGAGAGACACUGGAGCAUGCCGGCGGCUGAGUCUGUGCGGGGCAACUCUCCCCUCUCGUGUUCUUUGCUUUCUUCCAGCGACGAGGAACCUUCGUUCACGGUCGAGAGCUUUGCAUUCGGCGACGAAGCGCGCCAGCACCCAACCGAUCAGACCGGAGAUCUCUCCGCCGAGGCAGCUCUUCACUUCUGUCGGAAACUCCGAGAGAACGACGCCGACAAAGACGCGCACGUCGCGUAUGCCUUCGAGCACGUGUUUUGCGUCUCCUUCGCUCGGCCCUCGCAAGCGCGCGUUUGUCUCCAGGCGCUGUCAGCGGAGCAAGAAUUGCGCCCUGAGCAACACCGGACCGACUACCUCAUCGGCGAAAAAACAAACUCCGUGCAAGACGCACACGUGCAGUGGCAACUGUGGCCGUUCAAACGAGAAAUUGACCUGUCCACCGUCGUCCCCAGAGUCGCAUUCUCCAGUCGACGGACCGGUCUCUGCUUCACAAGAAAACCUCUUUCUUCCGGAACGCACUCAGCCUCAUCUCGCGUCUCGUCGCCACCUUCGACCCAGCGCCUUCAGCCUGAGUUUCUGUCGCUUCUUUCCCCUCUUCAUCUUUCGCCUUUCCUUCUUCGUGCGCCUUGAACGCGUUGCAGCGUUUGUCUUCAACUUUGCGUCUCUCAGUCCUCACUGCUCCCUCGCGCUCCGCCCCUCAAUCGUCAAGCGCCGUGGUUCCAACGCCCAGCUGGGCGAGGCGAACAGCCAGCCGGAGACGAAGAAAUUGUCUCCUGGAAAACGCGAAACCGCCUCCACCGACGUGCUCUGCGUCAACACCAUUCGGUGCCUCGGUGCCGACCUCCCGACAAUCGCCAACAGCGGGCACCCUGGAGCGCCCAUGGGGAUGGCGCCGAUGGCGCAUGCACUGUGGGGCUACGUGAUGCGUUAUUCCGGCAAGCACCCCCGGUGGUUCAACCGCGACCGCUUCAUCCUCUCGAACGGCCACGCUUGCGCCCUCCUCUACUCCAUGCUCCACCUCACGGCUCGCAGGCUACGACGUGACAAUCGAGGAUCUGCGCCAGUUUCGCCAGCUGAACAGCAAAACGCCGGGACAUCCCGAGGUGCACUACGCGGCGGGCAUCGAAACGACGACGGCAACGCUGUGGGCAUUGCCCUCGCUGGCCAGUACAUGGGCGCAAAGUACAACAAGGAGAACUUCCCGAUCUUCGACAGCCACGUCUUUGUGUUCUGCGGCGACGGGUGCCUCGAAGAAGGUGUCGCCAGUGAGGCGUGCUCGCUGGCCGGGCAUCUCGGUUUGCACCGGCUGAUUGUUCUCUACGACGAGAACAACAUCACGAUCGACGGCGAGGUGAACCUCGCGUUCUCGGAGAAGGUCCAGCAGCGCUUCAAGGCCUACGACUGGCACGUGGACGUCGUGGCCGACGGCAACCACGACGUGGCCGGGCUGGUUCGGACGAUGGAGGCGGCGAAGAAGCGAACUGACAAGCCGACCCUAAUUUGCGUCCGGACCACCAUCGGGUUCCUCUCCAGCAAAGAAGGAACGGCCAAGGUCCACGGCUCUCCCCUGUCCGAAGACGACCUGCGAAAAGUGAAGGAAAAGUGUGGAUUGAACCCCGACGAAAAACUCCAAGUUCCUGACGCUGUCAAGAAGUUUUACGAGGAGGUUCAGGAGCGCGGCGAACGGGCGGUGGCGGAGUGGAAUGCGCUUUUCGACAAGUACAAGACGGCGUACCCGGAGGAGGCGAAGGAAAUUGAGCGCAUGUUCAGCCGCGAAGUGCGCCCCGAGGUCUUCGAGACACUGAAGCAGCUGGGCGACAAAGCCCGAGAGAAGGGGGACUCGACGCGCGCGCAUUCCGGGCGGAUGCUCAACGGCAUCAAGGGUUUCAUGCCUGAACUGAUUGGCGGCAGCGCAGAUUUGACGGGGUCGAACUGCACGGAUUUGCAGAACGAGAAGUCGUUCCAAGUGGCGAACCGCUCUGGGCGGUACAUCCACUUUGGCGUUCGCGAGCACGCCAUGAUUGCCAUGGCGAACGGCAUGUACCACUUUGGCUGCAUGCGCCCGUUCUGCGCGACCUUCCUGAACUUUGUGACUUACGGCUGGGGCGCGACGCGCCUCGCGGCGCUCGCCAAAUGCGGCAUUCUGCUGGUGGCGACGCACGACUCGAUCGAACUCGGCCAGGACGGCCCCACCCACCAACCGAUCGAAGUCCUCGCCCUCUGCCGCGCGACGCCCGAGUUGAUCGCGAUUCGCCCCGCCGAUGGGACUGAAGUCGCGGGUGCGUACGCCGUGUGGCUGCGCGACGAGCUCAAGCGCGUGACGCUCCUGUCUCUCUGCCGCAGCACUGUCCCUGUUCUCGAAGGCAGCUCUUUCGACGGGGUCGCCUUGGGCGCGUACAUCCUCAGCGACUUUGAAAACAACGGAAAGAAAAAGGUUGUCAUCGCUGGAAGUGGAAGCGAAGUGCACUUGUGCGUUGAGGCGAAGAAACUGCUGACAGGCAACUGGGACGUGCGCCUCGUCUCUAUGCCUUGCUGGACGCUGUUCGACGAGCAGCCUGCGGAGUACAGAAACAAAAUCCUCUGUCUCUCUGAGCGCAAGAACGGAAAUGUCCUCACCGCCUACGUCGAAGCCGCCUCAACAUUCGGAUGGGACAAAUACUUUGACGUUCACGUCGGCAUGCAGUCGUUUGGCGCGAGCGCGCCGGGAAAGGCUCUCUACGACUUCUUCGGCUUCUCCCCUGCGAGCAUUGCGAAGAAAAUCGAGGAGUACAAACCUCCUUUCUAG